UACAGCAGGAGCUUAACGCCAAGAAGAGACAGCCGCGUGCUCGCGUUUCAGCCUAUAGUAAAUGCAUAGACAUUGUGAAAUCUUCUUAUCUUUAUUCGGUUGCUUUCUGGUUUUUAUUAAAUCCCGCUUUUAAGAGAUGGAGAAGAGGACGCUUUGGACAUCCUGUUAUUUUGGACGCUUUGUAACGCUCUUCUUCUGCGCGCGAGCGUCAGGCAACCUGCCCCAAUGUAAAGAGACAGACUACUACUUUGAGUACACAGAGUGUGACAGCACUGGCUCUCGAUGGAGAGUGGCCAUUCCUCACAGUCCAGGAAGCUGCACAGGCUUACCAGAGCCAGUCAGGGGCACAGAUUGCACUUUUUCUUGUGAAGCUGGGGAGUUUUUAGAGAUGUCAUCCCAGCAGUGUACAUCAUGCGUGGCUGGCUCUUAUUCGUUGGGCAGUGGCGUACGUUUUGACCAAUGGGAUUCCAUCCCUGUGGGAUUCAGUAGUCUGGCCACAUACAUGGACUCAGGAGGAACGGGGGAUGAUUCUAUGACCUGCCACAAUUCUUCAUGGAUAGCUCAGGGAACUCACUUGGAGUCCAAUCGCGAUGAUUGCACAGUGUCGCUGGUGUACGCAGUGCAUCUCAUGAAACAGGGCUCCGUUUCUUUCGACUAUCAAUAUGUCGACAGCAAUGUCUUCUUUGAGUUCUUCAUUCAGAAUGACCAAUGCCAGGAGAUGGAUCAAACAGGAAGUGAGAAAUGGAUCAAACUCACCACCAGCGGAGAGUGGGGAACUCAUACAGUCAAUCUGAAGUCAGGAACAAAUAUUCUCUAUUGGAGAACCACAGGAAUGCUCUUGGGUGGGAAAUCUGUGAAGCCGGUCCUUUUGAAGAACAUUCAGAUUGAAGGUGUGGCGUACACAUCAGAGUGUUUUCCAUGCAGACCGGGCACCUUCAGUAAAACUCCAGGCUCUUCGGCAUGUGAUCUUUGUCCCAGGAAUACGUACUCUAGCAAAGGAGCCAGUUCCUGCACACCCUGCUCCGAGACACAGUAUUCCCAGGAGGGAUGGUCGGAGUGUAAAGAGAGACCUCCCUGUUCAGAGAAAGACUACUUCCAAAUCCACACAGCCUGUGAUAGCGACGGCAAGACCCAGAUACUGUACAGGUGGGUGGAGCCACAGGUGUGUGUGGAGAAUGUGACCGGCGCUGUGAAGCUGCUCCCUUCUGGAGAGAAAGAGGACUGUCCACCCUGUAAUCCAGGCUUCUACAUGCACAACUCCUCCACCUGUCUGCCUUGCCCACAAGGGAUGUAUUCUGAUGGCACGACAGAAUGUCAACGAUGCCCAGGGGGAACUGAACCUUCUCUAGGAUAUGAGUACAAGUGGUGGAACAUCCUUCCGAGGAAUAUGAAAACUUCUUGUUUUAAUGUCGGCAACUCCAAAUGUGAUGAAAUGAAUGGUUGGGAGGUGGCCGGCGACCACAUCCGUAGUGGAGUGGGAGGCUCAGAUAAUGAUUACCUCAUCUUAAAUCUACGAGUGCCAGGAUUCAAACUUCCUACUUCUGUGGACGAUGCUUCAGCUUCUGAGUUUGGCCGAAUCACUUUUAUUUUUGAAACCAUUUGCAGUGCAGAUUGUGAACUCUAUUUUAUGAUGGAUGUGAACAGGAAGAGCACCAAUGUGGUGGAAUCAUGGGUAGGAAGUAAAGCCAGACAGGCUUACACCCACAUCAUGACCAAAAAUUCAUCUGUGUCUUACACAUGGGCUUUUCAACGUACCAACAAAGCCAUGGAUGUGCGUCAGUAUGUGAAUGACAUAGCGAAGAUCUACGCGAUCACAGUGACUAAUGCUAUGGAUGGCUCAGCGUCUAGUUGUCAUGCCUGUGCUAUGAUGAGUCAGCAGGACGGCUCUUCCUGUGUUCCCUGCCCUGCUGGACACUUCAUCAAUAAAGACACCAAUCAGUGCCAAGAGUGCCCGCCCAACACCUUCCUAUCUGGGCAUCACAUAUAUGGGCGUGAGGCCUGUCAGCCCUGCGGCCCUGGCAGCAAGAGCAACAAGGAACACUCUGUGUGUUUUAACGACUGCACAUUCUCACAUGUGGAUCAGAACCGGACUUUGACUUACGACCUCAGCACCUUAAGUUCAGUGGGGUCAAUCAUGAAUGGCCCUAGUUUCACCUCCAAGGGAACAAAAUACUACCAUCAAUUUAACAUCAGUCUGUGUGGGGCAGAGGGAAAGAAAGUGGCCGUGUGCAGUGACAACGUUACAGAUCUGUCCAAUAAGGACCUGCAAAAUGAAUCAGCCUAUCUCAACAAUUUUGUGGAGACUUUUGUAUGCCAAUCAACCAUCAUCCCUGCAGAUGGGCGGGGCUUCAGGACAGCCCUGUCCUCUCAGUCCAUCAGCCUGGCUGACACUUUCCUUGGAGCUUCUGUUGAUAACACUCUGGAUGGAGUGACUGUUAGCCUGGAUCUGUUCCCCGAAUCGUCACGGAAAGUUCCAGAUAUCAACUUCUUCUAUCGCUCUCCCCAGCCAACUGCAUCCUGUCUGAAUGGUCGUAGCACAGUCGUAACUCUGCGCUGCAACCCUGAGAAGAGUGACCGCGGAAUGCUCGCUGUGCCAAGUAAGUGCCCAGCAGGUACAUGCAAUGGCUGUGAGUUUCAUUUCCUUUGGGAGAGUUCUAGUGCUUGUCCACUUUGCACUCAGGCUGAUUACCACUCAAUAGAAGGAGCGUGCAAAGGAGGAGUGCAGGACACCCUCUUUGUGUGGAAUGAACCAAAACUCUGCACGAAAGGAGUGUCAUUCCCGAACAAGACAUCCGCCCACUGUGAAGUGGUCAGCCUAUGGGUGAAGGCAGGAAUUGGGGGCGGAGCCUUCAUGGCUGUCCUCCUUAUAUCUCUCACAUGCUACUUUUGGAAAAAAAACAAGAGGCUUGAAUAUAAAUAUUCCAGGCUGGUGAUGUCAGCCAAUAAGGACUGCGAGUUGCCAGCAGCGGACAGCUGUGGAUUAGCGGAAGGAGAAGGGGAGGAGAAUGAGGACGAUGUUGUUUACUCAAAUACUCCUUCAUUACUGGGUAAACUGAAAGCUAUUGCUAGCAAGGCAGAUGGGGACAGCAGUGAGUCAGUACAGCUGAAGUCUUCUCAGUCAGAGAGAUGGGUGUGGGGAUAACACACUGGAGAAGAGAAGGAUCACUCAUGUACAACAGAGAACAAUGUACAAGUGUUCAGGUUCAACAUCGUUC